AUGGCGUCCAUUAUGCAGAGGCGUAUGCUGUCCAAGGAGGACGAGCAGGCAGGCGAUGAAGUCGAAGUCCGCAGAGAGGACCAGGAUAAGAUCAACAAGUUCAGCCGUCUGCAUCAGAGAGAGCUGGCCAUGGAGGAGGAUCUGAAGUUGAAGAAUAAAGAGAAAGAGGAACUGGACGACCUAUCUACCGAGCUGGAGCUAGCAGAUGAAGACGAGAAGAUCCAGUAUGCCGAUCUCCCUACUGUUUCCGCCGUCUCCAAGGAACAAGCUCAGGAAAUGUUGGAAACGGCCACGACCAAAAUCGACGAGGAAACAAGCGAAUUAGAAGACAAAAUCAGCUCAGUGCGCGAGGAGAUGCAACAGCUCAAGGUCGAACUGUACGCGAGAUUCGGAAAACAAAUCAACCUCGAGGUAUAA